AUGCUCACACCACCUCUCCUCGCUCUCCUAAUCUGUUCUCUUCUUUCAUUGUUUGCGGCAUCUCAGACCUGUACAAUUCCUAGCCAUCUCCCGGAGACGACAGGGAAGGUCAACAUUGGUGGAAGCAGCCUCAUACAUGCGCCAAAGAAUGCCGUUUGGAAUACGGUACUCAACUUCUCAUCAUAUCCGGACUGGAACCCCUUCGUUCGCUCUCAAAUCGUAGCGGACGAAUUCGCUAUACCACUUGACAACCAAACCGCUUUCGUAGGGGCCAAAAUCAUCAUAACGAGCCAGAUCCCUCCCCUCCCGCAGGCAGUGGACGCUUCCACCCCACCGGAUAUACUGACGCAGCACAUCACUAUCGAAGAAAUUACAGUGAUUGAUGCCGAGAACUACCGAGUGGCGUGGAUUCUCGUCUCUCCUCAACAGAUAUUGAGUACGAUUCGGUGGAGUGCUGUGAGCACGGUGAUCGACAAGGAUGGAGUAGAGAAGUCGUAUUACGAGUCGAGGGAGACAUUCGACGGGCCGCUGGCAAGCAUAGUGAAGGACUUGCUCGGAACUGAUAUAGCCGAGUCUUUUCAAGCGCAGGCGGAUGCGUUAAAGGUGUGGAUGGAAGCAUAA